AUGAGCGUCGAGAACCUCCCGUUGCAGCUGCCGCUGAUUCGGAUCCACUCCUGCCCGGCAGACCACCUCCCAUGGCGUAUUCUCGAGCACGCAAACUGCUUUAGCCUUCGCUUUUUGUUCACCGUUUGCUGCUGCGCAUGGCGGCCGUUAAAUACCGUGGCGAAGAUCGGCGACGCGGCGUGCGGGUUUCUUCUCGCGCCACUUUCAUUGUAUAAAAAUAACAGCGUUGAGGGGGAAAGAGGGCAGCAUGCCCUGCUCCGGGUCUUGAAUACUCUGCUGCGGGAGCUGCUGGCGCCUUCCGCCCGCGGCCUCCUCGCGGCCCUCCCCGGUCGAAUACGAAGCCCGCGCAAAAUCCAUGACCAGCGGGAAAAAAAAGAUGAAAAAUUAGAAAUCAAGGCGAGGGAAGCUCUCUUCACGAGCUAUAGCCUCUCGCCGGAGGGUUCACUUCGGCGGAUCCCGGCGGAGGCUCUACGGGUUUUGAUCGGCCUUUCCACUGCGGCCGGCUCCACGCUGUGGAAAGAGGCGACCGAUUGA